GACGCCCUUUCUACUUUUUUUGGCAAUGUCAAUUAUAUGGUAUCAGAUAAAAUAAUCCGGCAGAAAAGUAGUUAAAAAAAAAAAAAAAAGGUGUCCAUGUCUCCAAAAGAAGUCAAACAAAAGUAUAAACUUAAAAAAUUUACAUAAAUGUUAUAUGAUUCUUUUCUUGUUAGAUUCCCCUUUUUUCCCUCUUGCAGGCUACGAAUCAAAGGUUUUGGUAUCAAAUUCCUUAUCAUAACUUCAUGAAUUCUCUUUCCCUUUCUUUCCCAUUAUUCCAGCAUUUGUUUGUCUUUUAACAUUUACUCAAACUCCUACUUAUAAUCGCUUCAAGGCCGACCACAACCCCAAAUCAAUGCUAGAAAACAAAAUUACAGAAAAUGGGAUCACACGAAUCACACGGGUGUUUGUUGUUCUUUAUAAUUGGUGCAUGUUUAGUGGCAGGCGGUCUGGGUAUGGGUGUCAACUGGGGGAUGAUUUCGACUCAUCCUCUACCCCCGGAAAUAGUAGUGAAGCUGCUCAAGGACAAUGGGUUUAACAAAGUAAAGCUCUUUGAAGCAAAUCAUGGCGCACUUAGAGCUCUUGGGAAUUCAGGUAUUGAAGUUAUGGUAGGAAUUCCUAAUAACAUGUUAGCAUCCCUUGCUGGGAAUGUUCAGGCUGCUGUCAACUGGGUGAACCAGAAUAUCUCCACUUAUGUUUCCAACAGCGGGGUUAAUAUAAGAUAUGUUGCUGUUGGAAACGAGCCAUUUCUAAAAGAUUACGGAGACCAAUUCACCCACACUACACUUCCAGCACUGCAGAACAUCCAAGCUGCCCUUAUCAAAGCCGGCUUAGCACACAAAGUGAAGGCCACAGUCCCAUUGAAUGCUGAUGUCUACCAAUCUGAUACCACUCUUCCUUCAGGAGGCAGUUUUCGAGCUGAUAUACAUGACCUCAUGAUAUCUAUUGUCAAAUUCCUCAGUAAUAAUGCUGCCCCUAUAAUGGUUAACAUAUACCCAUUUCUCAGCCUUAACAGUGACCCCAAUUUCCCCAUGGAUUUUGCCUUCUUCGAGGGUGGAUCACACCCUAUAGUCGAUGGCCCUGUUACCUACACCAAUGUCUUUGACGCCAACUAUGAUACCCUUAUAGCAGCCCUAGAGAAGAGCGGCUUCCCUAACAUGCCCAUUAUCAUAGGGGAAGUAGGGUGGCCUACUGACGGUGCUCCUAAUGCAAACAUAGCCAAUGCUAAAAAGUUUAACCAAGGGCUUAUCAGUAGGAUCAUCCAAGGUAAGGGCACUCCUAAACGCCAUACACCACCAGAUGUUUACAUAUUUUCCCUCAUCGACGAAGAUGCAAAGAGUGUAGAUCCAGGGAACUUUGAGAGGCAUUGGGGGAUGUUCAAUUAUGAUGGCAGUUUAAAGUAUCAAUUGAACAUAGGAAGAGGUAAAACCCUUGUUCCUGCAAAAGGGGUUAAGUAUUUGCCUAAAAAGUGGUGUGUUAUGUCUCCUCAAGCGAGUCCUUCUCCGUCAACUAUUGCCAGCAGCAUUAGCUAUGCUUGCCAAUUUGCUGACUGCACUUCACUUGCAUACGGCUCUUCUUGUGGUAACUUGGAUGCUAGAAGUAACGCGUCUUAUGUGUUUAACAUGUACUAUCAGACUAAGAACCAGAGUGCUGGUGCAUGUAAUUUCAAUAAUAUGGCAAUGACUACUACAACUGAUCCUUCACAACGUGGAUGUCGAUUCGAAAUAAUGAUCGAUAUUACUAAGACUCCGAAGAAUGGAAGCCCUACUCCAUCAUCAUCAUCCUCGAGGUUGCUAAAGGCAGUGAGUAUGAUCUCGGUCAUGGUGGCAUUAACCAUCAGUUUUGCAUCCUGAGUUUGGUGUUAAACAAAGAGUACUUCGAUUUUUAAAUGUAGGUUAAGGAAUAAGGAAUGCAUUAUUUGUACAUAAUAAAUUGUUUGAACAUAUUUUAUGGUGUAUAUAUAUUUUGAUUCUUGAAGCUUAUAUAACUUGUGAACAGAAAUAUUGCUCAAUAAGGACAAUAACCCCUUCUUACCAAUUUGAGUAA